AUGAUGCCAGCUCAGACCACUGAUCCAAAAUUCUCCUCAUCUUUUCAUCAAGAGAGUGGUUUAGUAUCAGCUAAAACUGGGGAUAACUUCACUUUGAGAUGUUUCUAUGAAGGCGAUGUUGCUUCAAGGUUUCACUGGUAUAAGCAAACUCUGGGACAGAAACCAAAGCUCAUCUCUACUUAUUACAAGUAUGAAACAAAUGGAAUAUUUCAUGAUGAAUUCAAAAACAAUCCACGCUUCACAUUGGAUACUGAAACUGGUCAAUAUCACUUGAAGAUCACAGAUUUGCACGUUUCAGACUCAGCUACCGACUACUGUGCAAGUUAUACAUUAACUAUUGAAUUUGCAGAGGGAACUUUAGUCAAUGUAGAAGGUUCAGGUUUGAAGGACCCAGCUACGGUCCAUCAGUCAGCAUCUGAGAGCAUCCAGCCAGGAGGCUCUGUGACUCUGGACUGUACAGUAGACACUGGGACCUGUGAUGGAGAACACAGUGUUUACUGGUUCAAGAAGUCGGGAGAAUCUCAGCCAGGACUCAUUUACACCCAUGGAGGCAGGACUGAUCAGUGUGAGAGGAAACCCAACACACAAACACACACCUGUGUCUACAAGCUGCCGAUGAAGAGUCUGAAUCUUUCUCAUGCUGGGACCUACUACUGUGCUGUUGCCUCAUGUCGACACAUUCUGUUUGGAAACGGGACCAAGCUGGACUUGGAGGAUGAGGUGGACUCUCCUGUCUUGGUGUAUUUCUUGACAUUCACCACCAUCCUGAGUGUUUUACUGGCUUUCUUAAUGUGUAUGAUGAACAACAGAAACCACUGCCUGUGUGCAGAUUCCUCCAAAACAAAGAUGAACGCAUCAAAGACGCAGAGAGACGACACCUGGACUGAAUGUGUGUACUUUAGUGUGAAGCAGUAGAGCUGGCCAUGUUUUAUCUCUGUCUCUGGGUAAUACAUGAUGACCACAUUUGUCUCACUUUAAUAGUGUAACGUAGCGGUUUUGUA